UAUGUUCUGUGGAUGUGAAUCGGCGUGAUAUAACCUCAAAUUCAACCAACACUUUUUAUAUCAUAUCAUUCAUAACUCAUAAAAACUAUAUGUUUAUGAUUAAAAGUAACUGUGUAAAUUAAAAUAUAUAUGUUUCAAUUUUAGUCAUUGUGCUAAUUAUUGGAAAUGGGAAAACGAAAAGGCAGAUGCUCCAAAAAAAAUCCUGCAAGCAAGCAGGCUUUGGAGCCCGAGCAUUUGGUGAAGGCUCCACAUUCAUUCGUUAUUCAUCGUGGUAAUUGUAGCAAGGACCUCAUAGAUCUCACUAAAGACUUCAGAAAGGUUAUGGAACCAUUUACUGCUUCGCAAUUGAAGGAAAGAAAGAAGAACACGCUAAAGGAUUUCCUAUCAGUGUCAGGUUUCCUUCACGUUUCUCACAUGAUUGUAUUCACUGAAACAGAGCUCGGCACUUAUAUGAGAUUGGCAAGACUGCCAAGAGGCCCAACAUUAACCUUUCGAAUUCAUAAUUAUGGUCUAGCCCGUGAUGUGAUAUCAUCACUUAAAAAGCAGUAUGUUAUCAUGAAGGCAUUUCAGAAUGCUCCCCUCAUAGUCCUCAACAGUUUCUCUGGAGAAGGGAUGCACAUGAAGCUAAUGGCUACAAUGUUUCAGAACAUGUUUCCUACAAUUAACAUCACUACUGUGAAAUUGAAGAACAUUCGAAGAUGUGUGUUGAUGAAUUACAAUCCCAACACAAAACUGAUAGAUUUUAGACAUUAUGUGAUCAGAGCUACUCCAGUAGGACUUAAUAAAGGAACAAAAAAGGUGGUGCAGGGGAAAAUACCAAAUUUGAAUCGCUGCAAGGAUAUGUCUGAAUUCUUUGACAAAGCUGGUCAACUAUCUGAGAGCGAGUUCGAGGAGGAUCCUCAGGCGCAGGUGUUGUUGCCGCAGUCGCUGGCGUCACGCGGCGCCACCGCAGACUCUAAGUCAGCCGUCAAACUCUACGAACUGGGACCCAGGAUAAACAUGCAACUUAUCAAGAUAGAAGAUGGACUGAUGGAUGGAGAAGUUCUAUUCCACGAGUUGAUAGAAAAGAGUGAAGAAGAAAAAGCAUUGAUCAAGAAACGGCGUGAAGAAAAGAAGCGACUGAAAGAAAAACGCAAAUCACAACAAGAGGAGAAUGUCAAGAAAAAGUUACGCGUAAAAGAAGAACUGAAACAGAAAUCUCUAGAAGGUAUUAAGAUAAAGAAAGAAAUGACAGAGAGUCAAAGGUUAAUGGAGUUGGCCGCUGUCGAGUCACAGAACGUAGGGGACAUGGAGCAAGACGACGAAGACGAUGCCGAUUACUACAGGCGAGAGGUCGGCGCGGAACCAGAGCAAGAUCUAUUCAGCGAGAAUUCGAGGAAACGCAGAGCGGACGAUAAUUCUGUUCGGGGAUUCAAGAAAAUGCGUCUCGACAAAAAACUCAAGAAAAAGUUCCAGAAAAACCAGGAACCAGACAAAAAGGUGAAUAAGAAAAACCAAAACGAAAGAUUCGGCAAAAACCAAGACGGCAAGAAAAAAUUCAGGAACCAGCCUGACGGAAGAAAUAAUAAAGCUAGUAAAGGUCAAAAACCGUUUAGCAAUCAAAAGAAAGUGUUCGGUGGUAAAAUUAAUAAAAAUAAAAUGGGUAGAAGUAGAGAAGGGAAGAGUAAAGGAAAGAGCAGAAAAUAAUAAUCUUGUAAAUAUAAGUUGGGA